AUGGCCCGUUCCUCAGGCUCGUGCCUCAGCUGUCGCGCCAGAAAGGUCCGCUGCGAUCGGAUCUCGCCCCGGUGCUCCCAAUGCAGACAGAGAUCCCUGGACUGUGUGGUCCCCGAAGCUCCUCCUCGCCUGCUCUGGCUCCCGUCCAGGACAGUGGAUGACUUCGACUUGGAACUGGAUCAGUCGGUUGAUACGCAUGUGCACCGGCAGCCUCUAUUCAAAAAAGGACAACAAGCUCAGGAUUCCGCCGAACUACUGUCUCUCAUCUCCGGCGCUUCACUCAAUGUGGUCCUGGACCAGCUGGACUACCAGGCAGAGAUUCAGAAUGGCAUAGCUUCCAAUGGACCAUUCCAUGCUUUUCGCUCCGAAUCUGUACCAGAUCCGUCUCUAUCGCCAAUGCUGCCGCGAGAACUCCCGGAUCUUGAAUUAUGGCGUAUGCUCUCCAAUAAUCUCGGCGACGCGCUGGAUGCCGAUGACAUCAUUGGCCAUUGGCCGAAUCUCUGUAUACCAGACGAUAUGCCAGACGACAUACCAGAACUGAUUGCGAGCGAGGCGGACACUGAACCACAGUCAUACAGAGACUCUGAACUCACAAUCAGCCCCCCGGUAUCACCCCCGGCCGAUCUAGAAGGCUUCACAAUGUCCACCGCGAAACUGCUACUAGACCACUACCAGAAUAUAACGACGACAAUCUACACCCCCGCAUCCGCCGAUGUCAAAACCCCCUGGGAGAUCCUCUACAUUCCCAAUGUCCUUAGUACUCUUGGCGAAGUCGCUCUCACAGGGAACAGCAGCGAUGCCAAGGUGUCGCUCUUAUUUGCCGUGCUGGCCAUUAGCGCGUUCAGCCUGGACAUCCUCUCCUCGCCAGAGGCAGUAUCUGAAGACUGGCGGGCGCUGGGGAAUAUGUACCGCCAGAAAGCUACAAAACGACUCCAGAUGACGCUGCGGAAUCUGUCAACGGGACUUCCAAAGAAGGAGAAGUAUAAGAAUAUUCUCAUGCCGCUGCUGAGUAUGGUGACGAUAUGUACCGUCAGCGGCGACAUGGACAAUGCGGCACACUACCUAGGCGACAUCGAACAAAUCAUAACGCUAUACGGGCUCCCCAAACUCCAGAAAUCGCGCAAGGUCAAAAUGCUCCACAGCAUCUACGUCUACCUCCGCGUCCUCACAGAAAGCACCUACAUCCAAUCCCAGAGUACAAGCACAGACACCGGCCCUGACUCCAGCAAGCCCAGCACCUGGGACAUCCUCCUCGGCGAGCUAGUAUGUACCUUCGACACGCUAAACCUCGACUUCAUGCAAUGCCUCGCGCCUCCAAAAUCCACCUUUGAGCAGAUCUACUCAAUCCCAGACUCCCUCUUCAAACUCAUCCUCGAAACCACCCAACUCGCCAGCGCAGUCGAGAAAAUCCGCCACCGCCGCCAUAAGCACACCGACCACGACACUCUCGCCGAACGCGUCAAACAGCACGAAACCCGAAUCUGCGAGUGGGAGAACUACUACAACGAAACCACCUACCCAGACGAUCCCAUCGGCACACCGCCCCUGAAAGAACGCUUCCCAUUCCAUCUCACACAGGCCAUCUACGCCGCACUGGUCCUCUACUUCUACCGCUCCGUCCGCGACGUCAAUGUCAUAGCCCUGCAGCCGUACGUCCAGCAAACGAUCUACCACCUCCGGGAAUACGACAAGCAUAAAGAGCGUCAUAAAGACCGGUCGUCUGAUAUAUGCUGGCCGGCGUUUAUUGCGGGGUGUGAAGCCACAACGGGCCAGGCGAGACAGGAGAUCGCGGAGUGGUUGGAGAAGUCGACGCGGUUGAAUGGGGUUCUGAUGUUCCGGGUGGCGCUGAAGGCGAUUCGCAGGGUUUGGGCGGCCAGGGAGGUUCCGGGGAAGCAGAAUUUGUCCUGGGGGAGCGUUUUGGGGGAGAGUGAUAUGCGGGUUUUGGUUCUUUCUUAG